AUGGACCAUGUUGGAGGCAAUUGGGUGGAAGAGCUGUCGAGCAACCUAUGGGUCUAUCGUACAACACCCAGAGAAAGCACAGGAUUGACGCCAUUCCACCUAGUUUAUGGCAAUGAAGCAGUAGUACCUAUAGAGGUCGAGGUGUCGUCAGUUAGGAGGAUACUAUAUGAUGAGGGAAAUGCUGAGCGACGAUUGGCUGAGCUAGAUCUCAUUAGUGAAGUCCGCGAACGGACAACAGCUAGAUUGGAGUCCUACCGACAGAGGAUGGGGCAAAAUUACAAUAAAAGAGUGAUCCCUCGGUUCUUUGGGGAAGGUGACUUGGUUUGGAAACAAGUGAAGCCCGUAGGAGACAUGACCAAGCUAGCACCACAAUGGGAUGAACCUUACAAAGUUAUUAAAAAAUUGGUGUCUGGAGCUUAUUAUCUACAGGAUGAUCAGCGCAGAAAACUAGAUAGGCCUUGGAGUGCUAACUACCUCAGACCUUAUCGGAUGUAG